AUGACCCUGCCGAGAAUUACUCGUAUCCACUCGUUCAAGGGUACUAAGGGCCCAUAUCUCGCUGAGGAAUGGGCUGCUCGUCGUCUUGGUCGUCGCAUCUUCCCUUCGCAUCACGAUUACACCAAAGCAGUCCUGAAGGACUAUGACGCUGGAGGUCGUCAUCAUCCAGCUUGCGUUGCUGCCCGAACAGCUGACGCGAGGAGUCGUAGGGUACUGGACUCAGUUUCUGUCGCCCGUCACUUAGCGAUGGGCGAGUUCGCUGUAGUUGGCAUCGACGACAACCGCCACACAUUAGUCGACAUUGGUUGCCUCUUGCACGUCGUUCCCCAGCCGCCCGUCCUUGAAGAUGUUCAUAGGACAUUCAGAAGGUGCACCGAUUUUGAGCGCGCCCGCCUCUCGUCGGUGGAGGGGACGUUCAACCUCGAGCAGUGGAUGCCCAAGCAUAUCUCCGACUGUCUUCGGCUUAAUUGUCACUUCGUUGCUCUGGGUCCUGCCAUCGCUACUCAAACCGUGGCUCGAGGGCUACCUCUAAUCCGCCACCACAGCCUGACGUUGGCUCACUACUCAUACUCACCCGACUCUUCGGCUAUUCACGAUCGUGACUUCACAGAGGCACCUUGUGUACCCUCGACCUUAGACCUAUUAAUCCACGCUCGUACUGCUUCAAUCGGCAUGGAUAUUGAUGACCCAGACAAGACACUGGUCAACGACAUUCCAGUGAUGGAUUUCGAGGGCGUGUCGCCUACGGAUAUCUGUGUGGAGAGCCUCAACAUCGCACCUGUUCCUUUCGCGGAGGCGACGGUCAAAUGCGAUGACGAAGAGAUGCAAGAUAGCUUCGCCCUUGGAUCUGCUCGUGUAACAAACAGAGUGGAUCGUGUAGUUGACCCUCGCCGUCGUCCGCCUCAAGUUACUACAGCCGCCCGGGUUUCGAAGUCGACCUGCACGUCCAAUAUCACGCACAAAGACGAUGAAAUGCGGGACGAUUUUAUUAUUGUCGGAUCUGGUGGCGUUGCCGAGAAGGAGGGACGAGUGGCUGAUCCUCGCCGUUUGUCUCAGAGUAUUGCAGCUGACCGGAUUCCGACGUCGAUCUACAGGGACAAGAUACUGAACGGCUCAUUCGCUGUAGAGGAGGAGGCAUGGGCAGGUGAUCCUUGCCGUCGCCCACCUCAGGCUACACAUCCGGCUUUGAAGUCGACUUCGAUCAAGGCAAACGCGUUCGCGACUCUAGGCUUUGCCCCGACUUCGGGAUCCUGCAAUAAUUUCGACACUGCUGAUGGCUGUUACACGAUGGACAAGGAGUCCAACAUGAAUGAAGAGGACAAGGCUGUGGCAAUACCGAACUCGCCUUCUCCUGUGCAGAUCUCCGCCCCAGUGGUUUCUAAUAUGGAAGACCUAUCCAACCUGUUCAUGACGCUGGGACUACCCACCGUGGAGAACUACGACGCGGAGUCCGUCGUCGUCAACGACGACCUACCAAUUCCGCGUCCUCCUACACCUCCGAAGCCUUCUCGUUCUCCUUCCCGGGCGCUAGUCCUACCCGCCAUCGAUAUAGGUGACAAUGACGAGCAGCUUUCAUCAGACUUCGACAACACUGGCUCUGUGGGCCUCGAUAAUAUGACUGAGCUCAACAUUGAGCAAGCUGAGGAUGAUGAAGAUGACGUACCACAGCACGAAAAGGGACGUGCGUUAACUGCAAGAGAGGUUUUGGAGCGCGAGGUCUUUGGAUCUGACUCCGAGGAUGAAGAUGACGACUCACCUCCGCUUCCAGUCCUACUCGCUGUCGACGUGAUUCACGAUGACAAGCAUCUUCCAUCCAAUUAUGACUACACUGGAUCAAACGGCGACGCAGACGACGAUGUAGACGACCACAGCGCUCUGCAAGCUGAGGACAGAGAAGGUGGCGUCGAGGACGGACAAGCACCAGAGCAGGACGAUUCGCCUCCGACCACAACAGAUUUGGAGCGAGAAAUAUUCGGCAGCGACUCCGACGACGAGGAUGAGGACUCACCCAUCCAAAGCUGCAGUAUUGAUACUUUACUUCCGUGCGCUGCUACAUUCGGGAACAUGGUUGCGCAUAUACGGGCGUUCUAG